ACCUAAUUUACAAAGAUUUAAUCAAAAAGAAAGGAAAAAAUGAAUUUAAAAAAUUGCUUUUUAUCAUUUGACUUAAUUAGUCAAAAAAUGAGCUUGAAUAUAAAUAAGAAGUAAAACUAUCAAACAAUUUUAGGUGGAAUAUUUUCUAUUUGCUUUAUUUCGCUUCUGAUUCUAAUAGUUUAAAAUAAAGUGCAAAUUCUUGUAAAUAAUAGUGACAUUUAGGCCAAUAUUAUUAAUUCUAAAAGCUCUGGAGAUUUGGCUAUUGAUCUUAGUGCUUAAAAUUUUAUGUUUGCUGUAAGCAUUUAGUAAGAUGAUAAUUCAUUCUCUACAAAUCCAUAUUUCAUAAUUAAAGCUGAAUAAAAAAAUUAUUUAUUUGAUUAAGGAGUCAGAAAUAAAAAUGGACAGGGCGCAUACUAAAUCUAAUUGGAACCCUGCACUAUUGGUCAUUGGCAAAAUAUUGGAUAAAAUUAUGACUGGAGUUCUAUCUUUAACAACCUUGGUUUAGGUCAAUGGCUUUGCCCUGUUAAAAAUUAGGUUUUACAUUUGCAAGGGGAUUAUACUUCUUAAAUUUUUAAUUUCUUAAAAUUUUCUAUCUACAUGUGCUCUUAGCAGUUAGUUUAAGAUUAUUCUUGGAAUCCUUAAUGUGCUGAUUAAUAAACAAUAGCGAAUUAAUUAAAUAGAGAUGGAAAUUUUAAGGUGCAAUUUUACCAUUCUAAUUUAAUAGUAAAUGCAGAUUAAUCCCAAAAUUAGUUCUACUUAAACUCAGAAAUCUUCUUUGAAUUCAUUCCAACUAUAACAUAUUUUGAGUCAGAUAUUUACUUUUAAUAAGUCUCUGUCUCUUCUGAUUAAAGCUCAUUUUUCUAAAAUAAUUUUGAAAAAAAUAUUUUUGCUCAGCAUUAGCCAGGAGACUUCAACUUUAAAACAUUAUAAAGUAGCAACCAACCUGAAUUAAGUAAAUUUUAUAUCAGGAGAAAUUUCUAUGAUCUUUAGUACCAAGCAAAGUAUACAAAAUUUUAUGAUAUCUUAGCCUUCACUGGAGGUUUUAUUUAUUUUGGGGCUGUGCUAGUUGCAAUUUUAUUCUCCUUUUUUUAUCAAAUACAAAUGAAAAUGCUUAUCCAUAAGUCUUUAUAAGAACAGAUCAAAUGCAAAGAUUUAGAAAAAAAUUAGGAAAACAAAAUUUUAAAUGAAUUAGAAAUGAUUGCGUUUGAUUGUAGUUAAUAGUUAAUAGGUUAAAAUAAAAAUGCAGAAAAUCAAAGUUAAAGUUAAGAAAAACAAUCUAAAAAGUAAAAUAGUUUUGAAAUAAUUGUUCUAAAUGACUCUAAUUAGAAUUGGAAAAGAAAAAACACUUUCACACAAAGAUAAAGAAUUAGACCAACAGACUCUAAUGGUGGAUAAAAAAUUUAGAAUGAAGAUUAAGUUGAUGAAUAUUUCUGCUGCUUUAAGAAGUUUAGCAUUAAAUCUCUCUCGUUUUCUUUAAAAUAUAUUUUGAAUUAUAUUUUCUGCAACAAAAUGUAUUGUAAAGAUGAUUAUAAGAAAGCCCAAUCUAAUUUAGAUUAAAUAGAAAGUGAUUUAGAUAUAGUAUGGAUUCUAUCAUAAAUAAAGUAUAUUCCUCUUUUAAUUUAAGGCUUAGUAAAUUUAUCUUAUCGAAAUAAAUCUUUAGAGCAAAUAAUAAAAGAUUUUAAAAUAAAAUGCAAUCCUAUAAGUGAACAAAAUAAAACUAAUCAUACAUAGAAUAACCUUUAAAACUAAGAUGCCUUUUAAGAUUGUGAUGAAAUUCAAAUUGAACCGUUAAACUCAAAAAACGAUGUAAACCCAACAACUAUCUACACUGAAAAUGACGAAGAAAAGAUAUUAGUAAUAAAGGAUGGUUACCAUAACAAACAAGUUUUAGCUACAUGUGAUUAUGCUAAGAAUGAAUAAAAUGAUAAUAAGCAAAGAAGUAAUCCAAACCAAGAAGAAUUAAUAAUUGAAGAAGAUGAUGUUAGUGAGUUAAAGAGUUGUUAAGGAAAUACUUGUAAACAAAAUAUUGAUUUAAAUCAUGAUCAUUCUACUUAAGUUAAGGAAUUAAGCAAAAAUAAUUCUUUUAAAUAAGAUAAUAAAUCUGAAAAAAGCAACUUUUAUUUUAAAAAAGUACAGAUUUUAGACAUAUAAAAUUAUGUUUUAAAGCCAAAAAAUAAAACAAUGAUAGAAAAUAAUUUUCACGGUGGAGCAUACUUGAAUGCUUAAAAUAUAUAAGAUGGUGGUAGACAAAAAUCAUUAAGUAUUAAUAAUGUUAAAAAAACUUAAGCUGGAUCAAAAACUAGUAUAAUGGCUCUAGAAGAGAGCGAUGAUAAUCAAAAUAUUUUACAAACUUAUUUUUUAUAAUCUUCAAAUAUUUAACCAAACUUAAAACAAUCAACUAUGUAAUCAGUUUCGCCUUAAGUAAAUAAUAAAUAAAAUUAAUAAGAAGAUAAAUUAAUCUCUUUCGGAUAAGGUUAAGAAGAAUAAUCUGUAUAGGAUGACAAUUUAACAGAAGACCAAGAUAAAUAGUAAAAAAAUAAUUGUAGUGAUAUAAAAACAUUUUAUCUCUCUGAAGAAAAGGAAAAAGAUUAAAAAAUGAAAAUUUCCUCAGAUUUCCCUCAAAAUACAGCAUUUUAAUAUUAAAAUAAUUAAGUAAACUAUGAAAAUGAAAAUAUAUAGAAUAAUUAGAAAGAAUAAUUACUAUUGUUUAGUUUAUUGGAAAGUAAAAACUAAUCAAAAGACUAAGAUAAAAUAUUAGUAGAUAGCCCAAUAAAAACAUUUAAUGAGUUAGAAAAAGAAGAAAUAUAAAAUCAAGACUUAUAAUUUGAUUAGGAUGAAGGAGAGUUUGUUUAUACACCUAAAAAAUAAAUUCACUGUCAUAACCUUGAAAACAAUUUUAAUAGUAAUAAUAAUGAAAAUUAACAAAAUAAUCAAGCAGAUAUUCAAAUGUAAAUAAGAAAUAUAAAGAGUAGAACUAAUCAUAAGCUAGAUACAUUAAUAGAGUAAAGAGAAGAGUAUUCUGAGUACUCUUAUCAACAAAACUAAAGAUAGCAGAGUUUCCAUUAAUUAGAUUAAACCCCUUUGAAUAAAAAAAGCAAUAAUAAUAGUAAUAAACAAAUUGAUGUUUUUAUUGAUGAAGAAAAAAUAGAAGUUAAAUUUAAAGAACUAAAUCUUAAUAACAUUCAAUCACAAUAAUCUAAAUAAGAUUCUUGA